AUGGAAACCAUUUUUAUCGUGAACUGUGCCUUUAGAUACUUUUUAAGGAGCUGUUCAAAAUCCAGAUAUUCUCCGGCGAAGCAUCGAUCCAACGGCUAUAAUGGAAAAGUGGUUGGCCGUGGUUGCAAGAACUGCGCAACUGCAGCAGUAAAAAGGAAUUUGGACAAUUCUCCAGGAUCAACUUCACACCUCCUACCUGAUCGGAACUGUACAUUAAGAGCUUCUUUGGUCACCAUGAAUGUAUUCUUGGUAGUACCUUGCUCUCGUCAUCGAUGUUGCAUCGGAUGCGUCUCGCUUCGCGACGCUGUGGCACUUAUCUGCGUUGCCGAACUCGUCGUAAUUGGUCUAUGCAGUCUCAUUGCCCUUGACAUAUACCUCACUGAUGGACGAAUAUUUUAUACCAAAGAGGUGGAAGGACACGGCGCAAUAGUGGCUAUGGUCUUUUGCGCUUUUUGCAUCAUCUCCAUACCCAUCAUCUGUAAGUUUGUUCUACGUUCUCAAUUUUUUGCUUCCUUGUCGAUUUCGGCCUUCAUUCUUUCCUCCUGCUCGAUGAUCACUGUUACUGCAAAGAGGAGAUUAUAUAAGUUACUGCUGUUGACCUUCAGUUCUACACCGUAUUGUCCUGCCGAAUUCCAUCACGUUGACCACAAGUUUCUUGUAAGUUGGUGA